AUGGAAGAUUACGAACUUUCGCUCUCCGAUAAUGAAUUAAUUGAAACAGACCCAAUAUCAGGAUCUAUGGAAUGGCAAUUAACUCCCAAGCAGAAAGGCAAAGGAAAAGCCGUGGAUUUGGUGGGGGAAAACCCUUUUUUUAGCCCACAGCAUCUCGAUGAAGGAAAAUCCAGAGAAACCGAAGAUGAAUGGCAAGACAGCAAUAACAAGGAAAACUACGGGAGUUUAACCAACUACAAUGUAAACCAAUAUCAAGCAAUGGAUGUGGAUGACGCGUUUGACCUAUCUCCACUUGAUUAUUCAACAAGCUAUGCUGGUGAGGGUGGUGGUAGUAGUAGUGCUGAUGCUUCGUCAUCAUCACCUUCAUUAAUUCAACAGAGAAAAAAUAUGCUUGAGGAUGAUGAGAUUCCAGAGGCUGAUCGGUUUGUGAUAGCAGAAUUGCUUUUGGAAGAAGAAGAGCAAAAUAAUAGUUAUGAUCCUUUUGGCUUUGAAACAGAAACCAGCGUUUCAACUGAAAGUCAAAUUAUAUUAAAUACAUCAAACAAAACUUCGAAUUAUAAUUACAAUCCACCACUGGAUUCUUUUGAUAUUUCGGAUUUCAAUAAUGACUUCAAUUUUAAUAUGCCAGCAACAAAGUCCACAGAUUCUUAUCUCAAAUCACUGAGUGUAGCAAAUACACCGUCUCCACUUUCUUCCAUUUUCACCGAAAGACCAAAAACAGGCGAAUUUCUUAAGGCAACAACUUCUAAAGGUCUUUUGCUGUAUUUUCCCAAAAAAUCACAGACGACUACAGAGUUGCCACUGAGAAGUUAUGAUAAAAGCUGUUUGCAUGAUCUGUCGAUAUCUCGUUUAAUUAGUAAAAUCGAAAAAGAUAAAAUCGCAAAAGCUGAACUUAGUCGAACAAAUUUGACCGCUUCAAAACCGACAGCCAAAAUCAAAACAGAAACUAAAUUAUGGGUUGAUAAGUAUCGUCCAAAACGAUACAUCGAUCUUGUAGGUGAUGAGAAAGCAAACAGAGAAAUCCUAAGAUGGGUCAAACAAUGGGAUUAUUGUGUGUUUGGCACAAAAUCAAAGGAGAACGAAGUUAUAGAAGAAAAAAUUCAAGAUCCAUGGCAUCGGCCAGAAAAAAAGGUAUUGCUGUUAAAUGGUCCGCCUGGUUAUGGUAAAACGACUCUAGCCCAUGUGAUAGCGCGCCAUUGUGGAUAUAAUGCUAUUGAAGUGAAUGCUAGUGAUGAUCGAACGGCCAAUGUUGUCAACAAUCAGAUCAAAGAUUCUUUAGAAAAUAAGUCGAUUAAUCCUAAUCACAAACCUACUUUGCUAAUUAUUGAUGAAGUUGAUGGUGCGUCGGGUAGCGGAGAACAGAAUUUUGUUAAAGUAUUAGUAGAUUUGAUUCAAGGUGAAGCAAAAGCCCAUACUAUGACAAAGAAAAAACCUGGGAUCGCUAGUUCAGCGAAAAAAUCCGUCAAAAAAUCAAUUCUUUUUCCUAUCAUUUGUAUUUGCAAUGAUCAAUAUGCAUCCGCACUUCGUUCCUUGAGGCUAAUUGCACAGAUAUUUCAAAUUCGAAAAUGUCCAACCCAAAUUCUUGCUAAUCGACUUAAAGAUAUUUGCGACCGCGAGAAGUUAUCGGCUGAUAUGAGAACUUUAUCAAAUUUGGUAGAAACUUCGGACGGAGAUAUGAGAAGUUGUCUAAACACUUUACAGUAUGUAAAACAGAAAUCUGAUGUGGUCACUAUCGAAUUGAUCGCUGAGUCCGGGGUUGGAAUAAAAGAUACCCAAAGUACAAUUUUCACAAUUUGGGAAGAAAUUUUUACACUUUCAACAGCAAAGAAACGAAAGGAUGGAUUAAACUCUAUGCUAUCAGAAACAAUGGGUUAG